UCAAACAAACAUGGUUGCGCUAGUGACUUUUUCUUUCUCGUAAUCUUCCAACUUUGACACUACAUAUUGGAUGUUAAUGUAAGAAAUAUGUGUAGCUUGUAAUGGCCUAACAAAAUAAAUCAAGUACUAGGUCACCUCGCUAAAGAAACGUCUUGUGCUUGUUUCAAGUUUUGCCUCCUACUCUGUAAAACUUUAUUCCUACAAUCUUGGUCUUUUUUGUGAAAAAAAGCAUAAAGUAAAAAAAAAAUAUAUUAUAGUAACACCUUCAAAGAAACGUAAAAGGCCUAAGCUAUUUGUGGCGUCUGAAAUGGUUGGGAAAAAGUGUUUGUCAUCACUUGGCAUUCGCCUGCUUAAUAAACAUAGGAACUGUGCCGUUCAGCCGUCGCGGAACUGCAGGGAUGCAUGUCGAUAUUACUCCGCGCAGCGAGAGCCGCCAAGAAGCUCGUCUUCCACGGUGCAGGAUCCGCCUGCCAACAGGUCCUCGACACAACCGGCCCUGAGCGAGCCGUUGCCCGGGCUGCCGCCCCCCGUCUUCGCCACCUCCAAGGAGGAGCACCACACCACACAGGUCACGACGUUGCCCAACGGCCUGCGAGUGGCGUCUGAGAAAAGAUUUGGCCAGUUUUGCACAAUCGGAGUUGUAAUAGAUUCUGGAUCAAGAUAUGAAGUAGCAUAUCCGAGUGGAAUUUCACACUUCUUGGAGAAAUUGUCGUUCAAUUCUACGACUGAGUACGCAGACAGAGAUAAAAUCAUGCUUGAGCUGGAAAAACACGGCGGCAUCUGUGACUGUCAGUCAUCAAGGGACACGUUUAUCUAUGCAGCGUCGGCAGACGUCCGUGGUCUUGACGCUGUAACAAAAAUCUUGGGAGAAAUUGUUUUGAGACCACAGAUUUCUGUUUCUGAAAUGGAAUUGGCUCGCCAGGCAAUAUCUUUUGAGCUGGAGACAUUGCAGAUGAGACCGGAGCAGGAAACGAUUCUCACCGACAUGAUACAUGCGGCUGCGUUCCGGGACAACACCCUGGGCCUGCCCAAGAUCUGCCCGGCGGAGAACGUGGGGAAGAUGGACCGCUCGCUGCUGUUCUCGUACCUGAAGCAGCACUACACGCCGCAGCGAAUGGUGGUGGCGGGGGUGGGGGUGGAUCACGACGCGCUCGUCCGGAGCGUGCUGAGGCACUUCGUGGAGCAGAGGCCCAUCUGGGAGCAGGACACGGGACUGGUGGUCCCCGGCACGGGGCUCGACGUCGACCGGUCCGUGGCUCAGUACACGGGCGGGAUGGUGCAGGAGGAGUGCGAGAUCCCAGUGUACGCCGGCCCAUCCGGCUUGCCCGAGCUGGCGCACCUAGUGGUGGGCCUGAACAGCUCCUCGCACCGGGACGAUGAGGACUUCAUCCCCACGUGCGUGCUGAACAUGAUGAUGGGAGGCGGGGGCUCGUUCAGCGCCGGAGGACCUGGCAAAGGCAUGUACACCCGCCUCUACACCAACGUGCUCAACAGGUAUCACUGGAUGUACAGUGCAACGGCGUACAACCACGCGUACAUGGACUCUGGCAUAUUCUGCAUCCACGCGAGCGCCCCGCCAGUGCACGUGCCCGACAUGACGGAGGUCGUGGUGAAGGAGAUGGUCGCCAUGGCGGGGACCAUCGGCACGGAGGAGUUCAGCAGGGCAAAGACGCAACUGCAGUCGAUGCUGCUGAUGAAUCUGGAAGCCCGCCCCGUCGUGUUCGAGGAUAUCGGUCGGCAAGUUCUGGCCUCCGGACACAGGAAGAACCCCUCUCAUUUUAUUGAUGCGAUCUCGAAGGUGACCAAGGAUGACGUGGUGCGUGUCGCCAGGAAGAUGCUAAAGUCGCCUCCCGCCGUGGCAGCGCGCGGCUCGGUCACCAAACUGCCGUCCUUGGAGGACAUCCAGGCCGGGCUAGUGAGUCAGACCGGGAAGAUACCCAGCCGCAGGGGAAAGUUGUCGCUGUUCCGAUGAGGUGGCAGGCUGUGUCGAGUUUCUCGUAAUUGUGCCAGAAACAGUCUACUGCAGCUGUAUUUCAAAGAAGUUCCAGCAACAAAUACGUGGCAAAAGUCAAGAGCGAUGGUGGUUACAAUAUCGUAACUGAUUGUGCAAAUAAAUAAAUUAUGCUGCUGUAAAAAUUAAAAACACAAAUCAGCAAGGAAGAAUAAUGUGGAGAUUCUUGAAGUAAAAUGAAUAUUUCCUCUAAUAUAAGAAGUUGAUGAAAAUAUACAUUUCUUUUAGUUGUUCUUCUCUCUUGUAAAACUCAUAGGUAGGGACAAAAUUUGUAUGGUAAAUUGCAAUAAAACCAAAAUACACAAUAUAGCAUCAAAGUGCAAAUUAUAUCAUGGAAUUAAGUAGCAUUUAACCAAAAAUUAAUUAAAAUCAUUAAAAAAGUAAUCUUUUAAUGCUUGAAAUUAAGGAAUGUUGUUAUUUUCAGACAAAAAUUAUAUCAAAGUGCAUAGAUCAGAAAAAAAAAAUUAAUAUUUUUUAUUGUACAUCUCUUAUCGAAUCACUUUUAAACCACAAAUGCUCACUAAUUAAUUUUUAUUGCUCUGAAUGUAUCUGCUUUAGAUCAAAUUGUUGCAAAUAAUAUUAUCAUAAAAAUGUAGCAUAUAAAUUUUAUCACAAUUUUGGUGGAGUAUUACAAAACAGCUUUUUUAAAAAUUAAAUAAAAAUAACACUUAAAUCCUCUGUUUUAAAAAUGAAAUUGGAAUAAAAAUAAAACAAAAAAAAUCUUGUCUCAACUCAAAGGUUUUUCUUUCUCCUCGAUUCAAUAAUAGAUGUCAAUAAUGGGAAUUAUUAAAGCAUUAGUUAUGUUAGGUGGGUCAUUGACCCCACAGGUUAGUUUAGUAAGUUUUCGGUACAAAUUGUAUUAGUCACCCUUGCAUUUAACUUAGUGCCUUCCACCUUGAAUGAAGGAGAUUGUGUAUGACUAGUCAAGAUGUCUUUCUCAAAUAAACAGGAGCCUGGGUUAGACAAUGAACCUAUAGUGUGUGAUGAUCAGUACUUAAUCCUUACGUUACAGUUAACUAGUCUCCACUGUUUUUUUUUGUUCCACAUCCUGAAUUACACCUGCACUAAAUAAUUUUUGUUGGACGUUGAGGAGUUUUCCUUCAAACGCAGGCCACCUUGGAUGUACCAUAUUUACCUGCGUGGGUCCGAUUUUUUUCUUCUUAAAUAUGAGGGACUGUUCUCUGGAGUUUUUCACUUUGGAUGUACAAAAAAAUUAAAAAAAAAAUUAAUAUUGCACUGUAA